AAUAUUUCUCGAAGCAGCCACCAGGGGCGCUGUAGGUCAGGUUCGGUAGAGUCUGGAGGCAGAUAGUCGUGAAGCCGUGUGCGGUGCGGACGAUCGUGGAACGGCUCCAACUCGUGUGCCAUCUGUGUCCGCGCGUGUCGCUCGCGAAACGAAGCAUAAAAUCACUCCAGAUCGUACUAGUCCCUCGAGAUGUUAGUAUCCGAUGCAAUAGUUUCGUCCGCGUACUCGAAAGAACGUGAGAACAUCUACGUCUCAGCUCGCGAGAACCCGAUCCCAUCUUUGUGACUCAGACCCUUUUACUUUUCCUCGUGUUUGCUCGACCAGUCGGGGUCCUCGUCAACGCUGGCGACGAAACGCAGCUGCUUCGAGUGCUGAUCAGUGAGUCCUGCAUACCUGAGAUAGUCGCAUUCUCAGCAACGUUGCUUCGUGGCCACCCUUGUGCGAUCGAUUGUGUCCGUUGUCAUACAAGAGGUCGGUGCAUUAACAGGUGCACCGUAUUGUGAUUCGUGGGUGGAUUCCGCGAAAGCGUUUUAUAGAGGUCACCGAUAGCCGGACGAAAACAUCAGAAGCAACGGGGUUCACGGUUCAACGCCUCCCACUAUCUACAGUGUCGGUUGUACACCGAUGAUCGCCGCACUCGCUUCUGUCGAUACACGUGCUUCUGGUAACCGCACGAUACGGGGCUAUAUUUAGAGGAACUGAGCGAGAAUUUCGCCAGGCGUUGCACCCAGGUCCCUCGAAAUCUCGCCCGCCCGGUUAAGGUGAAUUUCAGGGAACUCCGAUGCCGAGGAACGUACAGUGCGUUCGGGGAAACUCGACCUGAACGAUACAUUCUGUCCGCGACAUUCCACUAAGUUAGGUAACGGAUGGAUCGACGGGCGAAAGGGAUGAGAGCGUGAAAUCGUGCGAUGCGAGCGUGUCACAGCCCGAGACAUGUUGAACGCGGAGCAUCUCGAGGAGUCGCCUAAACGCAGGUCGACGUUCUACGUGUCUCUGGACGGCGAGUCGCGUCAACCGUCGAAAAUCCCGAAGACGAUCGAGUCGGACAAGUUCGUCAGCAACACCUUCCCCAUCAGCACCAAGACGCCGAACGUGGUGCUGACUCGCACGCUCAGCAACAAUGAAGCACUGUCGACUCCGAAGAGGAUGGACGAGACGUUCCCCGAGCCGAGAGGCAAGGUACAGUCCCUGACGAAGAUCUUCGAGACCCCGAAGAGCGAGCAGUCGAACGGGCCCGACCAGAGGAAGAAGGUCGAGAGGACCAGGUCGUUCAAGACCAUCGAGAGGUUCCAGAGCCGAUUCACCGGCAAGAAGGACGCUAAUCGAAAGGAUAGUCGCUUGAACAACACCAUAGCGUGCUUCGAGGUAGAAGACGAGGACUCCAAGAAGAAAACCGACAACAAGCGCACAACCAAGAAUUUGGACUCCAAAUCGACCUCUAACGCCAGAAUUAGCUCGACGGAAACCAGGAGCAAACAAAAUGGUAGCACCACGUUCACGAACUUGUUGAUACGAAGAACUCAUAGCACCAAGUUAGCGAGGAGUACCAGCACUCUGGUGAAGCCGACUGGAAGACACGCCUCGGUCGACAGCCCGAGUGGCGUCGCGACGCCCGCCAGGAACGACCAUCGCUCGACGAACGAGAAAUCGAGAGAGGAAGAGACCCCGGAGGAUUCUGUCGUCGAUAACGACGAAGGAACCGAGUCGUCCGUGUUCGAGGAUGCUGAUGCGGACGCUGGGAUACAUUCAGACACGUCCUACGAGAAGGCCUGUCGAAGGGGUAGCGCACCGGCCACCCCUGUCCUCGGAGCACGACCCUUGGACGUCACCCCCAACAGAAUCGUCAACUUCUUCUCGAAGAGGUCCUUCCGCUCGAAUCCGCUGAAGAGGACGAAAAGCGUGACGAAACUCGAGCGACAGAAACAACGCGGUGCCGGACUUCGUGGUUGUCGUUCACACGAGUCCCUGCUCUGUGGACAGGCAGUGACCUCGAUGGACCUCGCAGCCGUGACACCGCUGCAUCCGAGCCUGCUCGGUAGACCUCACUGCUUCCAGGUGACACCCAGCACCGGUGGACCCAAGUAUUUCAGUUGCAGGACCGCUCACGAACGGGACCAGUGGUUACACAGCUUGAGGAAAUCAGUACAACCGGACGCGGAGCAGACAAGACGAACGGACAACUCUCUGCAGAUUUGGCUGCUCGAGGCUAAAGGCGUACCGGCAAAGAAGCGAUAUUUCUGCGAGGUUUGUCUGGACAGCACGUUGUACGCGCGAACCACCGCGAAGCUGAAGGCCGACCUUUGCUUCUGGGGUGAACACUUCGACUUCCAUCAUCUGCCCUCUGUCAACACUAUUCAAGUGAACCUGUACAGAGAGGCUGAUCGGAAGAAGAAGAGGGAUAAGAAUGUUUUGAUUGGUUCCGUCAGUAUACCCGUGCACAACGUCACAUCUCGUUACCUGACCGAGAAAUGGUACCCUGUGGUGGGCGACAAAGGUCCGCUGAAGGAACCUCCGGCACUCAGGGUGAAAUGUCGCUUCCAAUCCGUAGACAUACUUCCGGUCCAGGUGUACCAGGAGUUUCUGGAGUACCUGAAGACGGAUUAUGCGUCUCUUUGCGAGAAAUUGGAGCCGGUGAUCGGCGUUAAAGCGAAGGAGGACAUCGCCACGGCCUUGGUGGCAGUCAUGCAACGCGAGAAGAAGGCACCACAGUUUCUUGCUGACUUGGUGAUGAUGGACAUCCAUAGAAUAGACGACGAGAGGCUCACCUUUCGAGGAAAUUCCUUAGCCACGAAGGCGAUGGAGGCCUACCUGAAGUUGACGGGAGACAGGUACCUGCAGGAGACCUUGGGGGCGGUUGUGAGGGGUGCGGUGGAAGGUGGCGAUUGCGAGGUGGACCCACUGAAGGUCGCCUCGGUGGCGGCCCUUCACAAACAACAGCAGAAUCUACGGAACGCCGUAGAGCUCGCCUGGAGCAGGAUACUAUCUAGCCACGCUCACUUUCCUCUCGAAUUACGGGAGUGCUUCCGUAUAUUCCGCGAGCGACUGGCUGACAUGGGCCGGGAGGACAUUGCUGACAAUCUGAUCUCUGCGUCUAUAUUCCUGAGAUUCCUGUGUCCCGCCAUACUCAGCCCCUCUCUCUUCAACAUUACACACGAAUAUCCGAAUGAAAAGGCAGCGAGGAAUCUCACUCUCGUAGCGAAAACGCUCCAAACUCUCGCGAACUUCACGAGAUUCCAAGGAAAAGAGAACUUCAUGGAAUUUAUGAACGAUUUCCUAGAGCGAGAAGCUCCGUCCAUGAAGAAUUUCCUUCAGAUGAUCAGUAGCCCUCUGCCAAAGGAUGCUCCAGCCAACAAUUCCCUGGAAUUCGACGGCUACAUAGACCUGGGAAAGCAAUUGUCUCUUCUUCACGCUCUUCUGCGCGAAAGUUUAGUCACAAUCUCUUCAUCAUCGCCAUCACUGCCUCCAUCCCGACUACCGGAGAUCCUGGAGAGGAUCUCCAUAGCCCUUGAUCAAUCGGGUCCAAGUCCAGUAUCAGCCUCGCAUCGUUAUCCAAACCUUCAGAACAACAUUUUUCGUUAUAACGAUCCGACGAUCGCAAACAGCAACACGAAUCUCUCCGUAUCGGCAACAUCUACUCUGAGCAAUCACAGCACGCUGAACGGUACCAUCAGAGACAGUAACGAGGUACUGCAAUCGAAUACUCUGGGCCACAACAGUUCCCGAAGUCCCAACGUCGCCAGAGCUGCCACUCUUCCUCGAAACGCUUAUUUGCCGACUAACGGGAAGCUCCAACUACAAAUUACCACCGACGACUAUCCUCUGGAGCCCCCAGCUUUCGUGUCACGUUCACCCACGCCGAUAGUGCGACAGCACAGGGCGAUCGGAUCCAACAGGACAGGCGCAGGGUACAGAUUAACCGCCAGCGCUAGUCUGGCGAACGUGAAUCACUGCCAGACACAUCCCACCAGCCCAACUAGAUCGGAAAGUCACAAUAACUUAAAGGACUCCAACUACAACAUCACCGUUCCUCAAAACAACCAGUCGAACAACUGCCCCGUUAUGAGUCAACAGCAGCAACAGCAACAGAACCACAGACACAACAUUGCCCGGCUACAGAACCUGGACAUCCACGACAGGGAGGACAAUUACAAUCACAACAACUACAACGUCUCGAGAUCGGCUAGCAGGAAUCACUGCAACAAGGAGGAGAACGCGAAUCAGACCCAGCAUCAGAACUACAACAACGUCUCGAAAACCACCGUGAACGCGAACGUGGUGGUGAACCCGUCGCCGAAUCUGACACUGUCGAUCAAUCACCAGCCGAACAACAAUUACAACAACAGCAAGACGAAUAACACGACGGCCAACGGUAACCUGGACGAGCUGUCCGACCUGUUGAGGUACGCCGAUGACGAAGUGUCCGAGUCUAAAUCGCAAAAGGGAUCGCAGAUAUCGAUCUCUCAGCUAAGUAACGUAGCCUCAUCCGGUUAUCAAAGUUUCGCCGCUUAUAGCCAGAGCUCCAGCCCGGUGGAUCUCAGCAGCAACAACGCGAACGCGCACAUACUGAACGCUGCGCCCCUCGCGUUCGCGAAUCCCGUUUAUCACAUGGAAUCGAACCACGGGAGGAACGGGAGGAGGGGCAGCAGUAGUUCAGAGGAGAGAGAGGGAAGCGGCGGUGGCGUUGAGGGUGUCAGAGGCGUCGAUCUGAGCCCGUCACCUCCGCCACAGAACAACGUGAGGAACCUGCAGAGGAACAAUCAUAAUCAGUGGAGGCAGAACAAUCAGACGCACAGAAAUAACUCGGAACAGAAUCAGAACGUAUGCUGUACGAAGCUGAGGAGGAGAUUGUCGUUAGACUCGACACGGGACCUGUCUGACACCAGCGAAGAAGAGAGCUGCACGACCAGGAGGAGCAAAUCUCGAAGUCAUCGAAGCAUCGAUCAGUACGAAGUGGAAAUCGAGAGGCUGCAGAGUAGCGUAGAUCGACUGAGGGCCCGGUUAGGCGCAACCGAGGAUACCGAUAUAGACGGCGUUGCACCGGAUACCAAGAUGAAGAGCAUCAUUUCCAGGUUAAUCUCUGUGGAGGAGGAGCUACGGCGAGAACAACUCAAGAUGUCCGCUGCGUUGUCGUACAAGCAGCGCGUGAUCGACGCGCAGGAACAGCAAAUAGCCGCGUUGGACGCCGCGAACUCUCGUCUGAUGACGUCCAACACAAGACUGUUGUCCGCAUUGAGCACCCUGAAGCAACGCUACAACGCGAAGAGCCAGUCGAGCAGUGAGGCCGCCGCGUUGCUGCAGAACAUCGUGGACAUAGGAGAGCUGAAAAGCUCGUCCUGUUAAGAAGCGGACAACCGAGGAAACUGGAACGUGUCUCGUGCAUCCAGGAAAAGAUGCUCUCGAGAGGGAUCUGGAUCUCGUUCCGGACGAGUUUCCACGGAGAACCCUCGACGAGAUACGACAACCUAGAUCUUCCUUUCCUCGCCCCAAGGACUGUAGACCGUUUCUACAGUAAGCACAAUCUGUAUCUCGAUCGAGCCAGGUUGAAUACGAAAAAGAGAAACCGAGCGAAAGAGAGAACGAGUGAAAGGCGUGCGAAAAUAGAGGCUACUUAGUGAAUAGGCAAAACGGUUUAAGUAGAUGAUUUAAUGUGACACGUAGCGUUAGGAUUAUUUGUACCGUUAAUAGUCGUUCACGAUCGAAAUAACCUCUCGUUCGAGUGUGACACGUUAGAUUUGAUCGUGAUGAUGAUACCGACGUUUCUCUAGGCAGCUUUCCUUCGUUCGAACGCGAACGAGACGGAAAGUCGAGGUCCUAGAGGAGCUGAAGAAGGGAUCGAUGCUUCCCUUCUUGUGGAUCUCGAAUCCAGUUGAACGGCGAAACGAGAUCGGUGAACGUCUGUUAUUUCGUUUGAUUGUUGGAAAUACGGUGUCCAUUCGGAUGACCUUGAAAUAUCUUGUCAAGAUCAACCUCAGUAACUUUUACCUAUACCAUUCAGAGAUAUACGCAAAACUUUCGUUAGUCAUAACAGUAGGUCAUACACAAAUUUAUUUUAUAUGCUAAUACGUUUAUGAGUACUGUGAAAUUCAGUUUUUGAAGUAACUUUACCUUUGAAUUUUACUUAAUUGUAGAACCGUAAAACGUUUCCAUGCAAUCUUGAGGUGUUCAUUUUUAAGGCUGUAAUUUCUGUCAGAUUCAAUGUUUUUUAAGACUGGUUUAUAUUAACAAUUUGUAUAUACAUCUUAUGCAUGUACUUCUGUCCAACAAUUGCAUUAUUUUUUUUAUUAAGUCAUUUAAUAUACCAAAUAUAUUCCAUUGUAGUAUUAAAUACUUUUACUUAACCAACAUAAAACCCAAACUUACCGGCCAUCUUGCAAAUGACAGACUUAACCUAAAUCAAAUUAACGUUAAAAUUAGCGCAAAUUCAUUCUAAAUCUUCAAAAUAUAUUUGCGUAUAAUUAAAAUGAAAUCAAAUGUAUAGGAAAACGUUACACCAAAUGGUUGACCUUGUGAGGAUAUAUUAAGAUCAUUAGAAAUGAACCUAUUUCCAAUAAUUAUCGUUUAUUCCGUUCUUCAGCGUCAUACAUGUACCUUGACACACGAUUUGCACCAUGACUUUUAGCAAAGUGUUGAGAAAUAACGCUAUCGGUCAAAAGUUUGAGACCACUUGAUUCUCGAAUGGCGAAUCUGGGUUAAUCGUGGAAUUACACGUUCGUUAAGAGUUCGAAUUUUUGAACCACUAUCCUCAGAAGGAUAUUUAGGAAAGUCUAAAAGUAAGCGAAGUAAAAACUCGGCUGCAACGUUCGAGAGAUAAUUGUUAUGUUAUAUGAAUUCUAAGUUAUUUAAUUUGUGUUCAUAUUGAGAUCGACGAUAUCGAAUUGUUUGUACAUUGAAAAGUAUGUAUUAUAUUAGACACGGUUCGUACUGUGGCUACCAAGAGUAUUAAUCAUUUUAUGAUGAAAUCGUACCAAGUAUCUGAUAUACUCAGAAUCUUUUUGAAAGUUGAGAAAUUGUUCAGUAAUAGAAUAAUCGAGGAUUUAUCUUUCUUCAUCUCUAUAGAAAUAAAUAUAUAGUGAAAGUAUUGUGGAUACUUCUUGCAAUUGUUCUAUUUUACUAAAAAAUAAUUAUGCGAAAUUUGAAUUAUGUCAUUUUGACAGAUUUUUUCUAGUAUUCGAUUUCUAAUGUUCUAUGUUUAAUAUACUUGAUGUCCACUCUCUUCAAAAGUGAAGGAAAAUGAAGUCUACAGCGACGUCAAUAACCUUUCGUGGUUAAUUAAUUGUGAUAAGGAUAUGAUUCAAUGUAUAAGAAAACAGUGUUCUUAAAUUUUGACUGGUAGUGUACUUUGCAGGUAAGGUUUGAGAUUCUGUCACAGAUUUUGGGAUCUGUUUUAUAGGUUAGUAAGAUUUUAUCAGACAUCUUUGAAUCUCAAGGCAUAUUUAUUUUAUUACGAUCUCGAAUUUAUGCAGUUUGAAAAUUUGCAUCAUAGCUCAACUGAAAAAUUUUAAGGUUUAGGGGUUAUAUGAAUUUGGGGAUUCACUUGGGGCUCUUAAGACUUAGAUAGUAUGGGAAUUAGGGAUUUGGAAGUUUAAAAAUAAAUUGAGAAUUGAAAAAUUAAAAAACAUGGUAACUUGUAAAUGUAAAUUGAAAGUACAGUUAAAUAUUGCUGUAGAAAAGAAGUAAAUCAUUGUAACAGCUUAUAAAUUAAUAUAAGCGUGAAAAAAUAGUUUCCUAAGUUUUUGAUACGAAUGAAAUAAUAUUCAAUGGAUAUAAAUUUAAAAAUAUCCAUCCUCAAAAUACUUUUGGUUUAUUCAGUUGGUUGUAAAUUACGUUAAAAGUUGUGACAGAAUCUCAUUCGCUAUGUGAAUGAUAUUUUUAACAUCGUUCGUCGAACAUAGGCGGGAACCAACAUCCUCGAGCACCGAGUCGUACUUCAGAACCCUGUACAUGCGUGUAUAUUUUUCUAGUUCACGUGUUAAAGCGUUGUAUUCGAGAAUGGCCGUCGAUUCGCAAAAGUCUCAAAGCUUCCAUCGAUGCGUAAUAAACUUCGACUCGUUUUUCGAUCUGUAAGUUCGAGGAAGUCAGUGUGUCUCAUUUAGGGAAGCUUCGAUUCGAGCACCGAUUCUUAUUGUAAGCGACAAUAUUUAUUUCGUAGUUUCUACCAAAGAUGAAGAGGUUUUCAUUGUAAAAAGAGAGGAAUUUCUGUGUAAGAUAGUUUCGUUUUCGUUUCGUCGAUGAAUAGCCGGUUGCGCAACAAAACACACACAAAGAUUUUCAUUGAAAAUCGAUCAUGCGGUCGAAGGAAUCACCCUUCCUUUAUUAUUCGUUCUGUAUUUUAAACGUUAGUUGUGCACGCGAUGCAUGGUAAUUAGCCGCUAACGGAAAUUCUUGUUUGUUCGCAAACGUUUGCGUGUAUUAUGUUUUACAUCACAGAGAAAACAAUAUGAUAUAUUAUCGUAGCCAUUGUGUAGUGAGAUGCACGCGUGUAAAAUCGUGAGUGAAAGAGAGGGAGAGAAUGCGUGCGUGAAUGCGUCAGCGAGAAGAGAUCACAAUUCAGUCUAAUCUUAUUAAGGAAACAAAAAAAAGUAUUAUCUCGUCGACUUGUAUCAUAGAUCAUUAUCGAACGUAAGAGCGUUUUAUUUUCUCGCCUUUCGUCGAUUAAUUUUGUAUAGAAAUAUCUACCGUCACCGUUUCUUUUGUCUCCCCGUGAUUCGCACCCUUAAAGUAUUCCCCAUUCUUGUAACCCCCUUUUUGUACUUUCUGUAACGCAAUCUUUUGUAGAGGCAUCGAUCUGUUGCGAAACUAUUUUCAAUUGUCAAGCGUUGACAUCAUGAAAUUAAUAUAUAUAUAUAUUUAAUGGUACACCAUCACCUCCCCCUUGUUGGACGAUGUAAUCGAUGAUAAAUAAUCUAUUUAAAAGUGACUCGAAUAGCGUGUACAUUGCUAAGUGUUUUGGUAUAUUCGUUUCUGCAAUACAUCAUCUGUAUUUAAGCGUAUAGCAUCUAUUAGUAACAGUACAUGAGCAAAUAAAUAUGAUUAGACAUAUUA